UAGAGUUCGAGUCACUGUACACGUCACCGCACGAGAACACCCGCCAAAAAUCCCUGUAAAAAAAAAAAAAAACACACAAAACACAAAACGUGCGUGAAAAUGUUGCUCUCCAAGAUCUGAAAGCUACGACACAAUCUCUAUCUUCUGUUUUUCAUUCAUUACUAUAUAUAUCAAACAGAUCCUAAUUUUGAAACCUAGGUCUCCAAAUCUUCCAAUUAGGGUUCCUCAAAAUUGAUUUUUCUAAAAUCCCCAAACCCUAGCCUUUUCAAUUAGGGUUUUUUGUUUUGGUUUGGUUCCGAUGGCGAUAAUCGGCGACGCUCUUCGCCAAGCGUUCAUGCCGAAGCACGAGUACCAGAGCCUCAGGGACGAAGAGAAAGCUUGGGGAAAGCUUCAGAGACCUCUUGUGGUGACUCUCAUGGCGCUCGUUUCGGUCACGGUGAUCGUAAGUACGGUUAUCAGCUUGAACAUCGUGUUCCCCGGUAGCAAUGGAAAGAGACCGUUUUGUAGCGACGAGAGGCUUCAGCCUCUGCCUUUUAACGCUAAAGGCCGAGGCUAUAUCGAGCAUUUUCCGGGUGCUUUUUUUCUUACGGAUCAGCAAACUGUGGAUUAUUACUGGAUGGUUGUGUUCCUUCCUUCAAUCUUCAUUUUCUUUGUCUCGCUUGCCUAUCUUGUUGCGGGAAUAACUGUUGCUUAUUCUGCUCCAACAAGACAUGGGUGCUUAAAAGUAGUUGAGAAUAAUUACUGUGCUUCAAAAAGAGGUGGGGUUCGUUGUUUGUCUGUGCUGAAUGUUGUCUUUGCCAUCAUCUUUGGUCUUCUUGCAUUAUUUCUUGGAUCAACCCUCCUCACUUUAGGGAACAGCUGUGGUGAGCCCCUGUUUUGGUGCUAUGAGAUCUCAUCAUGGGGACUGGUUAUUCUUUAUGGGGGAACUGCAUUUUUCCUAAAAAGGAAAGCAGCAGUUUCUCUUGAUGAGAGAGACUCUGGUGGUCGAAACCUUGGGUUGGAAAUGUUGGAAGCACAUCCCUUGGACGUCACACCAGAGGUGGAAAGGCAUGUUAAUGAAGGGUUUAAGGCAUGGAUGGGGUCAUCCCUCCUAUCUUCUGAUGAAGAAGAUGAAUCUGAGAGUUAUCAGGAAGUGCCUCAUAUUAUUCAUACUAAUUCUAACAGGCAAAGAACGUGAUCUUUAAACUAGGUGUUCAGAGCUAGACAUCUUCCUUGCAAGCAUCUUAUGACUGAAGCAUUGGGAGAGGAGUUCAGUUUUGUUUAUUGAAUGCAUGAGCUUUGUGAUGGUCUCACUGAUGUCAUUAUAACACGAGUUAAUGCUAAAUUGGCUUGGGAUGAUGUACACUGUAUAAGGUGUUGGUUCUGUCAUCUUAUUCUUAGGUAAUCUUUAUAGCUUGUGAAUAAUUAACUACUUGGAACGGGAAGAAGAGGAAAAAAGGGGGUUGGGGGGUUGGGGGAUGAGACGGGAAGCCUGAGUCACAGAAAUGGAAGCAUUUUUUAUACUCUUGCUGGGUUUUGUAUCUAGUUUUGGGAAUUCUUUGAUGACUGAUAAUUACUAAUGGAUGUGAGAAAUUUCUGCUUCUGACUAAACAUGGUCAGAUGGUGCACCUGUUGGUGCAGAUCCCUUGUUUGAGCACGGGGCUGUGCAUAUUUUAAUUUGGCUGUCAAUAUGCGCUACCAGUUUACCAUAA